AUGCGGGCGUAUAUCGAGAAAUUUCGAUAUAAUCCACUAAUUCUCAGAGUAGCGCUGCUCGUUACCGUGCUCUCCGUCUCCUCCGUCCGUCUUGAACAGCCGCUCCUGCUGCGCGUCCGAGCCGCAGGCCACAGGAGCGCGUUUCACGACCCAUCCCGCCACUCGUCGCUGUACCACCUGCAUCAGAGCACUAGUACUGUAUGGCAUAGAAAUAAGACCGCUUUUACCGAAUCGCCCAGGUCACACACUAACGAGGAUGGUUUCAGAUACGAUACGGACGGUCCUCGAUCUGAGUGGAUGAAUCCGUGGCUGAAGCAGCAGGUUCGGUCCGAGCCUGCAAUGUUGGCCUGGUUGGAGGAGUCCGUGGCGCGGGAUGCUAGUGCCGUACCUGCAGAGCUACUUGCUUCCGAGCCGCACUCUUCUGCCGAGCCUGACUCUGCUGGCUUUGCUUCUGUCUUUGCUGCCAAUGCUAGCAUAAAGCAAGGAUCCGCGUGCUCCCCCCUGGCAUCAGCAGUCCUCAUCCGAGUCACCACGGAGGCAGAUUUCAUCAAGCGCAGGAACCACCUUCCAUCCACGACAGUCAUUCUGGAGCUUCAGAACCACGUCACUCUCAAGAGAGGGCUGCUGUUCGGACCCAAGUACGCGUGCACAAUCCUGCGAUCGGGAGACAGGGCCAAAGGGAGGGGGUUCCGGCUGUACGUGCAUCGGGUGGAUGUGCCGAUACUGCGUAUAUGGAACACCAGCAACGUGAUCGUGCACCGCGUGCAGAUGUCGCAGCCGUUCCGAGCCUACUCACAGGCAUGCCCCCCGGAGAUCCCCGACGUGGGCACAAACAUCAUCUGCCCUCUCAUCCACGUCUACCGCUCCUACGGCAUUCAGAUUGUCAAGGGCUACACGUUUGGGCGGGUGGACAUGAUUCGAACAAUGCACAGCCGCAUUGACUCGAUGAAAAUGACGGCAGUGUCUGACUUCAAGAGGGGCAACGGGGUCUUGAGAGUGAUGCUGUCGGGGUAUGGACCGCUGCUGGUGCGCUGCUAUGUCUACGUCACCAACAAUGAGAUCUAUGGCGCGUACCUGCCAGUGCUGUUCCAGUUUGGAGUGGUGGGAGCAGUUUUCAAGAACAACCUCGUGCAUGACUACGUGUGGGCUGCCAUCACGUGCGGCAACAUGGUUCACUUGCAGGGCGAUUGCAUGCUCACCUCCAUUUCAAAUAACCUCGUUGUGGCCAAGGGCCGGAAUCUCACCGGCGGGGGUGACGCCACGGGGAUAUACUACGUAACGCACUGGAAUAACCCGGGUAAUUUGGCGGAGUGCAAUUACGUAAUCGGGGGUGACCACUGCUACUACCUGGACUAUGCCAGCUCGGGUGUGACUAUACGCGGAGGGGCUUGUAUCGGGACGGUGGAUGGCAUGAAGGUCAACAACGGGCACUGGAACCGCAUCCAGCAUGUGGUGAUGAAGGGCACGGAGCUCACGCCAGGGUGGUGCACGUGCCUCACUGCCACGGUGUGCAAUUGCCUCAAAGAUCCCGGCAACUACUGGGACCGCAUGAGGGCCAAGUACUACAGCAGUGCCGCGUUUCAGCAGAGAUGGCCCUGGAUGAAGGACACUUGUUCCGAGACUUCUAUUAACGGGGUUAACUGCAACACAAACGCGCCGGGCACCUUAAAGGACACGCAGACAGGCAAUUGCAGCGGGCUGCCCACAAAUAAUUACAUCGACCUGGUUCUGGUCGAUGUGCAAGAUGCGGACAUGAAUUACCGUUACUGCGAGCAGUUGCCGAAUGUUCCAAAGUUGAACACCCAUCGGCAUAUCAAUGUAACUUCCACUUCGGCACGGUUUAUUGAUUAUGCCAAGGACGAUCUGGGAGUUAGAAAAGGGUCAGACAUCUUGAAGAAACGACCACUGUUCAAAAACUGCCCCAGGAAAACAGUCGGGCCCAAGAAGGUGAGGGAUGCGUUUUAUCGUAGUGGCUCCACCUCCUCCACCAAGCUUCUCGUUCUCCCAGACCUGGCAACUCUCAUGCCUCGGUCCGAGCAUCGUUCCGAGCCUGCGUUGGUCCGUUCGAAUACAGCUGUACCAGCUCGUCAGCCGUCGGAUGCUCCUCGUUUGGUCCGUGCUUGCACCACCACCAACCGUGGGAUGCGCCGCGACUCUCAGAAUGACACGCUUCCUACUCCUCAGAAUCCCGUGCUUUCUGCUCGGCCUGCUCACUCUUCCGGCUGUGUAACCGCUUCUCAGCACCCACCGCCACCUUCGCGCUUCGCUCCCAACGGAGCUGUCAACUUCGAUUUCCAAGAUGCCGCUUCGGAUUGGGUGAAAGCCGUCGCGUCGUCGUUAAGAGGAGAGUACGUUGCUCCGCCGCCGGCGCCGGGACGGAAUCAGCCGACGGAAUCCGUCCCGGAAAAGCCUGCUCAGGGGGAGCGGAGCAAGAUGGCUCAGCAGCUUGACUUCCGCAUUCAGAUGCAGCAGCAGGAAGACGCUAAGCACGAAAAGAAGCUCAGCCUCUCCGAAAUUCUUCAGUGGGAGGCGGAAAUGGUCUCGUCGGUCUGUCCCAAAGCGCGUCCCGCUCCUCCAACGGUUAAGAUACCCGUUUUUGGUUUCUCGGAUCCUCUGGAGGUGAAGCCUGCAGUGCUGGCUCCAGGUGCUAACGUGGAAGCCGAGAAAUUGGACGAUAAGUUAUUUAUUGAUGAGCUGCUUAUGGAAUUUGACAUGUACUCGAUGGCAACUCCUGCCGCUGUUCCGUGUCCCACGCCCACCGGCUGGGGCUCCAACGCGUGGGAGCCUGCCGUUCCGCCGACCCCCUCAGGCAUCCCUCCUACGCCGUCUGCUCCGGCUGGCGGAUUUGCUUCGCUAUGGUCGGAGGCGUGGACGGAUGGCUUUAACGUGGACCUGUUGAGCUUGGCUGGCAACCCAGCGUUGUGCACGACCGCCAUGGCCGCCUCUCCUGCCGCGCUGCUUCCGCUCCUCGUCCUCGCCGUCAUAUGCGCCGUCACCACCGCGCACAUGGCGGCAGGCGAGCACGCGGAUCCCCACAACGCGGAUCGCCAGAGCGCUUUCGUCACGGUGGGAGUGCCGGUGCGAGUGCGAGGCGCAAGCGAGGCUGCAACUGCCAGAAGCCUCAAAAGCGAAAUCACUGCGGGAAGCGGGAAUGACAGCUUGGGCGUCGGGGUGGGGGUGGGGGUGGGGCUGGGGGGCGGUGCGGUGGAGGCUCGGGUCCACGUGGCAACGCAGAUCAAAGUGUCGGGUGUGAGCCUCCCCGUCAGUUUCGACGCCCUCCGCUGCUUCAGCCUUCCCCGGGCAGCGCGCAAGGCGGCGGGAGACGUGCAGGUGUGGUGGCACGGGCUCACGGCCGGCGCCACGGGCGGCGGCACGGGCGGCAGCAGUGGCGGCACGCGGGGCGGCGGUUCGUAUGGGAAGGGAGGAGGAGCGGCAUGCAAAGAAAUCAAGUUCUUUGCGAACCCGGCCUGCAAGGGCAAGGCGCUGGAUGAGGUGCUGCAGCCGCAGUUUGCCGCUCUGAGGAGAUUCUUCCACGUGCCCAGCUCAAAGAGAAUUUCCCAAUGGACUUCCGUCUCCUGCAAGUGUGAAAUCACCUGCCAGCACGCCACGUGUCCCGCCAACUCCACGUGCAUGCCAACGACUGACAGCAAGGGCGUCACUUGUCCAUGCGACCCCGGCUUUGCUGCUGUGAAUGGAACUUGCCAAGACUUGUGCAAUGCGGUGAAUUGUGGGCCUGGCGGCAGCUGCACAAAAGAUGACAAUGGAAAGCCAUUCUGCAGUUGCAACCCAGGCUUUAAGCUGUCGAAUGACACGCUCUCAUGCUUUGACUUGUGUGAUGCGGUGAAUUGUGGCCCGGGUGGCAAUUGCACAAAGGAUGCGAGCGGAAAACCAUCUUGUACUUGCAACGCGGGCUUUAAGCCGUCGAAUGACACGCUUUCGUGCAUUGACUUGUGUGAUUCGGUGAAUUGUGGUCCUGGAGGCAACUGCACAAAGGAUGCCAGCGGAAAGCCAUUCUGCAGCUGCAACACGGGCUUUAAGCCGUCAAAUGACUCGCUCUCUUGCAUUGACAACUGUGCUGCAGUGAAUUGUGGGCCUAAUGGCAAGUGCGUGAGGAAGGAGAAUGGCGAUCCCACCUGCCAGUGCGACGCUGGCUACGAGAUGCUUCCGGACAAACUGUUCUGCGACAUGGGUUGCGACUUGUUGGGCUGUGGUUCGGAUGGCGAUUGUGUGAUCAACGCCGAUGGACUCCGCUCUUGCAAAUGGAAAUCACCCUGUGGCACAUGCCCCACUGGAGCCACCUGCAAGACCAUGCGUGCAAAUAAUUUUGAAGAGGCGGUCGUGCCAUAUUGCGAGUGCCCCCCAGGCUAUGGGAUGACCGCAACAGAAUGCAAAGCGG